AUGGCUGCCCUCUCCCGCCUCAAUGGGCAGAUCUCCACCUUUCUCGCUGUUGGCUUUCUAGCCUCGUGGGUCAUUACCGCUUUGAGUUUGACCGCUAUCAAUGUUCUCAAUACUGAAGCCACUUUCACCGCGCAAGCUGCCUCCGUCAGCUUGCUCACCUUCCUCGUGUGCCGAUUGCUGGUCCGCCUUCAGCCUGUCGCUCCCACCGAGGGGAGAACCAUCGCGCAUCUCCUUGCAACAGCAGACUACGGUUCCCGACAUGGCUCGCUCAUUCUCGUCUCCUUCUGCAGCACAUGGCUGUACGAGCUGCUGACCAAAGGCGUCCUCCUGCUUCUGUUGACCUUCUUUGGCGGCGUCAUGGCGACCGUAAUCUACAACGACCCUAACUUCUCGGAAAACUGGCAGGCAGAGCCGCUAGCCGACCAGACCCAAACGACAACGGCGCUGGCUGAAAUUGAUGAGUUCAAGGAAAAGGCUGGCUUCGAUCCGACGCAGUUAUUUCGAUGGAUCCCACCUCAGGCAAUCGUCUACUUCAUCGCCCUAGUGUGGCUUAACUUCAUCAGUCUGGGGCUGUACAUUCUCGGCCAUGGACUGAAGGCGCUUUGUAGGGUCUUAGGCUUUACUGUUACGCGCAACACGAGCAAAGAUGACCGUACGGUGGAAGGGCGCUCCUGA